AUGUGGAAGCCUAAGGGAGCGAUGUAUGUUAUGGAUCUUCCCCGUCACUUUUUCAUGAUUCGUUUUGAAUUGGAGGAUGAGUAUAUGGAGACUCUGACGGGAGGACCUUGGAAAGCGUUUGGAAGUUAUUUGAUGGUGCAAGUUUGGUCUCCAUGUUUUGACCCAUUGAAGAGUGAGAUUGAAACAACACCGGAUUGGGUGAGGCUGUCAAACAUCCCGGUGAAUUUCUAUCACAAGGCCAUUCUUAUGGGCAUUGCGAAGGGGAUCGGGACACCAGUGAAGGUCGAUGAUACAACGCUAAACUUUGAAAGGGCACGCUUUGCUAGGAUUUGCGUGGAGGUUAAUCUAAAGAAGCCCUUGAAAGGCACAGUGGUGAUCAAUGGUGAGAGAUAUUUCGUAUCGUAUGAAGGUCUUUCCACUAUAUGCUCGUUAUGUGGUAUGUAUGGGCAUUUAGUAUAUACGUGCUCGAAGAGAGUGCAAGAAACAAGGAACGUAGUGGAGACACGAGUCACGGCAAGGCAAACGAGUGCCACAGAAACGGGCCCGGUAGAGGAUGGAUUCACACAAGUUCGACGAGGUAGGAGACAGCAGGUGGCGGAGUCGAACCAGAGAGGAAUGGGAGAGAUGGGAGAGAUGGAAAGGAACUUGAAUAAGGAAAGUGGUACACCGAAUAUUCUGCUUGAGAACAGAUUUGGAAACCUUGAGGCUAACAUGGAAGAUGGGGAGAUUGGGGAAGUUAAUGCUGCCAAAGAAGGAAGUGAGAAUAUUUCUCCCGACGGGAAUGGAAACUUGGCGGAGGCUGUAGAUGGGUUGACGAAUAAGGAAAAUCUUGACUCAAAAUUGGGACAGAAAGGAAUGAAGAGUGUGGUGCAAGGAGCUGAGGUUGUGUUCGGAGCUAAUUUGGGCCGCAACCCCCAAACGAAUGAAAAGGCCCAUAAGGGGAGGAAAGCUGGGAAUGGUAAAAGUGUGGUGAUUCGGCCCAAACGUAGCAAUAUUGGCAGGCCCACACAGGGACUAGUCUUCGGCUCAGUGACUGGAACAUCUGAAUCGUCACCGAGUGGGAAGAGACUCAGAGUUGAGCAGACGAGUCCGGGCCGGUCCGAAGGCUUCGCCGUCGUCGAGAGUAAUGUAGCGGAGAGAAAUGAAAGCGUGGGUCACUCCGGAGUCGUCUCUAUGGAGGAGAGUCAUGUGGAGACGAAUAUCGAGAGUCCCCUUGGAGGAACUGAAAUCGCCAGUUUGUCGUCGGGUCUAUUGGUGGAGACGACGGCGCGGAAUGGAGCAUAA